AUGGUUGAGAGAACCGUGCCUGGCUCCGCCAUCAAGGUUGUUUCUAAGAACUCCUUGUGUUUUUUCUUUGCAAUGACAACGUUGUUGUUCAUGUUGUCGUGGUUGUUCGUUCUGCGUUCCACGCGCUCCGAUGCUACGUCUAACUCCUCCCUUUUCUCUUACUUCAACGACUCAUAUUCUGAUCCAGUGCAGAAAAUAAAUGUAGGAGAAGAAGUAGAACCCUCGUUUGGUAAUAGAGCAAUACUCGGGGACAAUGUAGAUGCAAGAGCAACAACAGAAACAAAAAUAACAGAUUAUAAGAUACAACAACAAAAACUACAACGACAUGUGCCUGAAGAACAAGGUGUGAAAUGCAAAGAACGUGACAGUACUGUGCUGAGAGUUUUCAUGUAUGACUUGCCUCCUGAGUUCCAUUUUGGACUAUUGGAUUGGGAACCUCAAGAGAAUGCUAACAGUGUUUGGCCUGAUAUUAAAGCUAUAUCACCCCAUUACCCUGGGGGGUUGAAUUUGCAGCAUAGCAUAGAGUAUUGGCUUACCAUGGAUCUUCUUGCUUCAGAAUUACCUGAAGCUGAAGCACCAUCUAAAGCUAAGAGUGUGAUGAGAGUUAGAAACUCUAGUGAAGCUGAUGUAAUAUUUGUGCCAUUCUUUUCUUCUCUUUGUUAUAAUCGGUUUUCUAAAAUUGGCCCACAUGAGAAGAGGAGCAAGAAUAAGGUGCUGCAGGAAAAGUUGGUGAAAUAUGUGACAGCACAAGAGGAAUGGAAGAGGUCGGGGGGGAAGGACCAUGUGAUCUUGGCUCACCAUCCAAAUAGUAUGUUAGAUGCAAGAUUGAAGUUGUGGCCAGGAGCUUUCAUACUCUCAGAUUUUGGGAGGUAUCCUCCCAACAUAGCCAAUGUUGAGAAAGAUGUGAUUGCACCUUACAAACACGUGGUUGGAUCCUACGAUAAUGAUCAGUCCAGCUUUGAUAGCCGUCCAAUAUUGUUGUUCUUCCAAGGAGCUAUAUACAGAAAAGAUGGAGGUCAUGUUCGGCAUGAGCUAUACUAUCUUCUGAAAAACGAAAAAGAUGUGCAUUUUUCAUUUGGGAGUGCUCAAAAGGGUGGAGUAAAGAAAGCAACUGAAGGCAUGCGUUCUUCCAAGUUUUGCCUCAACAUAGCCGGAGACACCCCUUCAUCAAACCGCUUGUUUGAUGCCAUAGCCAGUCACUGUGUGCCUGUGAUCAUCAGCGACGAAAUCGAGCUGCCAUACGAGGAUGUCCUUGACUACUCUCAGUUCUGCAUAUUUGUGCGCACCAGAGAUGCCCUCAAAAAGAGGUAUCUGGUAGACUUCAUUAGGAGCAUAGGGGCAGAAGAGUGGACCAGGAUGUGGAACAGGUUGAAAGAGGUUGAGAGUUUCUAUGAAUUUCAGUUCCCUUCCAAGGAGGGUGAUGCUGUCCACAUGAUUUGGCAGGCUGUGAAACGCAAGGUUCCUUUCAUGAAGUUGAAAACUAACAGAUCUAGAAGGUUUUUCAGGUCCCUUAAUGGGAAGGAGCUCAGAUCAAUACCUGCACCAGCUAAAUUUUGGUGA